AUCUCCCUCACCCCCCGCCCGCGGAGUGUGCCCGCCUUUUACUCACUCACUCACUCACUCACCCCCCCCCUCCUCCCCUCCAUCCCACGCUCUGCCUCCCACGAAUUGUGUCUUCAGUCCAUAAGGACUCGCCUAGCCCACACAAUGCAGGCCUCGAGACAGAAGGCCUUCUGUGCCGCCGUGAAAGGCACACGAUCCUUUUCCUCCACGCCCACCAGACCCGCCGUCUCACCGUACAGGAGAGCUGCACAAGCAGCCACCGCGAAGGCCGUCACAAACCCCGUCAAGAGGCCUCAGUCGACGUCCACUGCAGCUGCAGUGCCCACAGAGCAAGAUGCGCGCCCUAGACCCUCACCCGCUUUCAAUCGCGAGGACUGGAAGGAUCUGCAGCCAUUGCGGCCAUACAAGCAGCCCGAGAUGGACCACUCCUUCGUAGGAAUGAAGGGCGGAGAGAUUUUCCACGAGAUGAUGCUCCGCCAGGGCGUGAAACACAUUUUUGGCUAUCCGGGGGGCGCCAUUCUCCCCGUUUUCGACGCCAUAUAUAGUUCGAAACACUUCGAUUUUAUCCUCCCGCGACAUGAGCAGGGGGCCGGCCACAUGGCCGAGGGUUACGCCCGCGCUUGUGGCCGCCCUGGCGUCGUCCUCGUUACGUCCGGCCCCGGCGCCACCAAUGUCGUCACCCCCAUGCAAGAUGCUUUAAUGGACGGCACGCCGAUGGUUGUGUUCUGCGGGCAGGUACCAACGAAUCUCAUCGGCUCGGAUGCAUUCCAGGAGGCCGACACCAUUGGCAUCACGCGAGCAUGCACAAAGUGGAAUGUCAUGGUCAAGGACAUUGCUGAGCUGCCGAGGCGGAUAAACGAGGCCUUCGAGAUCGCAACGACUGGGCGGCCCGGACCGGUGCUUGUGGAUCUGCCAAAGGAUGUCACUGGAGGUGUUCUGCAACGCCCCAUCCCCAUGACCAGCACUCUUCCCAUGCACCCCAGCGCGGCAACCCUCGCUGCGAAGGAGCUGAGCAAGAAACAGCUAGACACCUCUAUCCGACGAUCGGCCGACCUCAUCAACAUUGCAAAGAAGCCCGUUAUCUAUGCUGGUCAGGGCAUGGUCAGCGUGCCUGAGGGGCCUAAACUUCUCAGGGAGCUGGCCGACAAAGCCAACAUCCCCGUGACAACCACCCUCCAGGGACUAGGAGCCUACGACGAGCUAGACGACAAGUCUCUGCACAUGCUCGGCAUGCACGGCUCCGCCUACGCUAACAUGGCCAUGCAGGAGGCCGACCUCAUCAUCGCCCUCGGUGCCCGCUUCGACGACCGCAUCACCGCCAACGUGGAGAAGUUUGCGCCAACGGCGAAGGCGGCCGCAAGCGAAGGCCGAGGUGGUAUCAUCCACUUCGAGAUCAUGCCCAAGAACAUCAACAAGGUCGUGCAAGCAACGGAAGCCGUCGAGGGAGAUGUUGUAACCAACCUCGCCCAACUCCUCCCUCUCAUCAAGGAAGUCAAGGAACGGCCCGAAUGGUUCGCGCAGAUCAAAGACUGGAAGCAACGUUUCCCCUGGGCCUACGAUCGAGAAAGCUCCAGCGGCCUCAUCCAACCCCAAAGGAUCAUGGAGACGCUCUCCGAGCUCACUGCUCACCGCAAGGAGGAAACCAUCAUCACCACGGGCGUCGGUCAGCACCAAAUGUGGGCCGCGCAACACUUCCGCUGGCGAUAUCCCCGCACGAUGAUCACGUCCGGCGGUCUCGGCACCAUGGGCUACGGGCUCCCUGCCGCCAUCGGCGCAAAGGUCGCGCGACCAGAGUGUCUGGUCAUCGACAUCGACGGCGACUCCUCUUUCAGUAUGACCCUAACCGAACUCUCAACCGCCGCGGAAUUCAACAUUGGCAUGAAAGUCAUCAUCCUUAACAACGAGGAACAAGGCAUGGUGACGCAAUGGCAAACCCUGUUCUACGAAGACCGCUUCGCACAUACUCAUCAGCGGAACGCGGAUUUCGUGAAACUGGGAAAUGCGAUGGGCGUACAGGCGGAUCGGGUGAGUAAGCCUGAGGAGCUUGAGGACAAGCUGAAGUGGUUGCUCGCAACGGAUGGACCCGCGCUGUUAGAAGUGGUGACAGAUCAGAAGGUGUCGGUUUUGCCGAUGGUGCCGUCAGGUUGUGGGCUGCAUGAGUUUCUUGUUUAUGAUGAAGGAGAAUCAAAGAAAAGGAGAGCCCAGACUAGAGCGAGGACUGGCCGCUAAUCUCACCAUAUCUGUCCCUUGCACAAAUCCUUAAUAUUGGGACACAUUUUAUUCCCUUGUACAUUGUUCUUUCAAUCUAGUCGACUGGCGUCGGCGUUGGGUGAGAAUGAAUCCUUUGUGGAAUUCAAAAGCUUAUUCCACCACGAUUGCUAAUUUUUGGGGCACACAAAAAAGUCGCGGCUUUGGUUUUGCUCUUUUGAUUGUGUAGCAUGCAUGCAUGUCUGAAUGAGGUUCUCGCAUUGUUUGGCGGGACGGAGGCAAUACCUGUACAUGAUGGAUGACGGAUGAGGUUCGAGUGUGCUAAAGUCAUACAGCACUGUGGGUCUAGACGAAAAGUAUGAAGGUGUUUCAUCUAGCCACUUUGAGGAUGCUU